CACUCGUCUUUUGAAAAAAAACAUGUAAAUUCUGUUUUUACUGAAAUUUCCCGUGCUAUAGUUUGUUCUGUGUAUAAAAUAUGAAAUUCGCUGAUGUCUUACGUCGUCUGGAUGCGUAUCCACGCACCCUGGAUGACUUCAGCGUACGCACAGUGGGCGGCGCCGCCGUGACUAUUAUUAGUAGCAGUAUUAUAAGCCUGCUCAUCUUUCUGGAGUGCCUGAACUAUAUGCGGCCUACGCUGACUGAGGAGCUAUUCGUGGACACGACGCGCGGUCACAAGCUUCGCAUCAAUUUGGACGUCACGCUUCACAAUUUGGCCUGCAAUUAUAUAUCGCUGGAUGCGAUGGACUCCUCGGGUGACACACACUUGCGCGUGGAUCACGACGUGUUUAAGCACCGCCUGGAUCUGGACGGAAACCCACUAAAGGAGACGCCCAUCAAAGAAAUUGUUGCCGUCUCGCCGCCAAAUAAGAACAGCACCUGUGGCAGCUGCUACGGCGCUGAGCACAAUUCAACUCACUGCUGCAAUACCUGUGAGGAUGUCCUGGAUGCGUACCGUAUACGCAAAUGGAACAUGCAAGUGGACAAGAUUGAGCAGUGCAAAGGCAAAUACAAGCGGACCGACGAGGACGCCUUCAAGGAGGGCUGCCGCAUACAGGGCCAUCUGGAGGUGAACCGGAUGGCUGGCAGCUUUCACUUUGCGCCCGGCAAGAGCUUCUCCAUACGCCAGUUCCACAUACACGACUUCCAGUUUACAAAUGUGAAGCUCUCGCACACCAUUAAUCACUUGUCGUUCGGCGAGAAGAUUGAGUUCGCCAAGACACAUCCGCUGGACGGGCUGCGCGUCGAUGUUGAAGAAUCGAAGAGUGAAAUGUUUAAUUAUUACUUGAAAAUUGUGCCGACGCUUUAUGAACGCCACAGUGAUGGCAAACCCAUAUAUACAAAUCAGUUUUCCGUUACGAGGCAUCGAAAGGAUCUCACAGAUAGGGAACGGGGCAUGCCCGGUAUUUUCUUUAGCUAUGAACUGUCUCCACUGAUGGUCAAAUAUGCCGAGAGGCAUGUUUCCUUUGGCCACUUUGCCACCAACUGUUGCUCGAUCAUUGGCGGCGUCUUCACCGUGGCGGGCAUCUUGGCUGUGGUGCUAAACAACUCACUGGAAGCUAUACAACGCAAACUGGAGGUGGGCAAACUUAGUUAACGCAGCUAUCUAGUUGAGGACUAUUCCAGGAAUCUCAGCAGCUUUAUUAGGCCUAACUCAUUCCGUGUCGAUUCGAGUCUCUUACAAUGCCGACAAUUCGCUAAAUAAAAGUGCAUAAUUUUA